AUGUCUCACUCUUCGAGCAUACGUCCGGGUCCCCACCCGCCCCAGCUUAUGACGGCCAAAGAGCUCUAUGACGCCGUAGUCACUCACUACUCCUCCCCCUCUAUUGCUGCCCUAGGCUGUCUCAUGUUGCUGUAUCUCUUUCCUAAGCUGUCGGACUUCCACACCGUCGCUGGUCUCAAGACCCACCUUCUCUCUAGUGACACUCGCUAUCCCGCACCUCUAAAGCCGACCUUUCUUACUACGAACCCGCCCCCAAUGUACAUCACCCUUUACUUCCUGGUCACUCGCCUCCCUGACUCCCUCCACGCCGUUAGGGAUCAUUUCCUCACCCUUGACCCCACUGAGCUCACGUUUGCCUUGCUAGAGAAGCAUCUUUUCGAGGCUGAGACGAGUGUUGUCGUUGUAGCUGCCUCUUGUGGCACUCCCUGCUCCCCUUUCUUUGAAGGGUGUUCUCCCUCCCUUCUCGCGCUCUCUGUUGCCUCUGCUGCCGCAUUUGACUUCCUUUGUGCUGAGGAGGUCGGUGCUGCGUCUGCUCCUAGUGGAAGUCACCACAGUGGCAAGGGCAAGGGGGAUAAUGGUGGUGGGGUGGGCGCUGGCGGGGGUGGUGGCGGUAGUGGUGGCGGUGGUGGUGGCGGGGGUGGAGGCGGUGGUGGUGGUGGUGGAGGUGGUGGGGGUGGUGGAGGCGGUGGGGUGGGCGAAGGGGGCUCAGGUGGCAUUUCGGGUGGAGCUGGUAGGAAUGAUGGCUCUAGGGCGGCGACUGGGGGUGCAGCUCGUGGUGGCGGAGGCUCUGGAGGUGGACAGUAG